UAUACUCUUAUUGCAACUUGUGUUGCCUUUUCUACGAGCGCCUGCUUUGGAUGAUGAAUAACAGAAUUGCCAACGAUGCUGAGCUUGCAGCGCAUGCCAAUCCCUUUACCGAACUGACCCAACCAAAACAUAUAUUAGCAUCAUCUACCACCUGCACGAAGUUCGGUGGUGGUGAAGUUAGCAGAUGCAGAGAUGGUGGGGUGCAUCCUUAUCGAUAAAGAAUAAAAAGUUGCCCUUCGUGACGCAAACCCGCGCUCAAUUUCCUAGCAGCAAAGAUUCCACCAUGUCUUCAGCAUUCGGCCCAAUAGCAGAACAACAUCAACCCAAGUUCGACCUGGGAAUCUGGCACUCGCUUUUCAACUGGGCCAAUCUCACCGUCGCCGUGCAAAAUCAAUGGGGCGGCCCCGACUCCUCAGACAAACGCGACUGGCUCGCAGGCCAAAUCUCCGAACUCUUCGCCGCUGAACCCUUGACCGACGCCGAGGAUGUGGAAGUCGUGCUCCUGCAAGUCCUCGAGGACGAAUUCGGUGUACGGGUAGAAGACGAGACUGAAGUCGCUGUCGCGCGUGAAAUUAUGAAAAUACGCAAGGAAAUUGGCGAGGGCAACACUGCGACAGUCGAUGCGCUACAGAAGAAAUGGGAAGAGAGGAAGGGCAAGGAAGUUGCUACAGGAAGUGUCGACGUAAAAGAGACCAACCAGGAGGGCGAAUGGGAUAGUGUGGACGAGGAGAGUGAUGAGGACGAAGACACGGAAAUGGGCGAUGCGCCUGCGCUUGUACCUGCAAAGCCCAAGCCAGAGCCAGAGGUCGACGACGACGGCUUUACCAAAGUAGUCGGCAAGAAGAAGAGGUGAAGGGAGUCAGAAGUAAUGCAUUACCUCGGAACUUACGAGAUAUAAUGAGACCUACUGACUACGAUCUGGGUCAUGGCCAAUCGAGGAAGGAUAAGCAACAUGUUAAGCACCAUGCGACGAGUACAUGUUAACCACAACAAGCCACUCAGAAUUAAUAUGAGUACUAUACGAUACCUGAAGUAACAAGUAGCCAGGUAUCGCCUACUCAAACUACCACUA